AAAUAUCAGAAAAUCUUGCGAGCAGAAAUAUAUACAUUAGAAAACUUUUCCUCCGUGUAGGGACGCCCUGAGUUUUUUCAGGACCGGCAUGCUUUGCGAGAUUUGGUCUGACAGAUGGCCUUGCCGCAAAAUUAUUUUAAAUUCACUAUCAGGUGCAUUGUCUUUUUCGGAAUUAUUCGUCUGACAACAGAAAGGAACAGCGUCUUGAUUUACGUGUAAUCCCUUCCAGAAAUCGCUAAAUAAGGUUUCUGAUGUUGCUGCUGGUUGUAAUAGUCGUAUUUAUUUGUCCAUCAAAUGGUGUAUAUCAACACAGUCAUGAAAGAGAUUUAGGUCAACCAAGAUGUGGUAUGAGGUUUAUCUCUGAUGAACAAAAACGUAUCGUGGGAGGUAAAGUAAGUAAGCAUGGCGCAUGGCCUUGGCAGGUAGCACUGCUGGUCAAACGGAUGAACGAUUCACAAKCCUGCGGUGGAUCACUWAUCUCUCCUGAAUGGGUGGUUUCUGCAGCACAUUGCUUUCAGGACAAUUUUAAAAACCCAAAGGAAUGGAAAGUAGUUCUAGGAGAACAYCACCUGAAAGAURUGGACUGGUUUGAGCAAUCCAGGUCUGUUAGUGCUAUUUACAAUCAUCCUGGCUAUAAACCUGCUAAAGAAAAGCCUCUUAAUCAAGACACUUUAUUGUCCAUUCCACCCGACUAUGAUUUAGCUGUACUACGUCUCUCAAAGCCAGUCCACUUCAAUGGUUUUAUCCAACCAAUCUGCCUGCUUCCGAAAGGGGCUCGAUUCCCUAAAGGAAAAGAGUGCUAUGUGACUGGAUGGGGACAAACAGCAUGGAAAGGACACAAACCCGACACACUGAGAGAGGCCCUAGUGCGUUUAGUCCCCAUGGACAAGUGCAAUAGUGUAAAGUCCUACAAAGGGCAGGUCACUGAGCGUGCUUUGUGUGCUGGAUUUGAACAAGGUGGUGUAGACGCAUGUCAAUAUGACAGCGGUGGUCCGCUGGCUUGUGAACAUGACGGGCGCUGGUAUCUAACGGGUGUGGUAUCCUGGGGUCAUGAUUGCGGCAAACCACAUAAGUACGGUGUGUAUGCUGACAUGGAGGACAUGACYCAAUGGGUUGUGGAUACCAUAGCACAGCACAAUGAGGAAUAAAGAAUCCAGUCAAAAAUAUAACUUAAUACAGGCAUUUGAAGAAAUUUUGACCUUGAGAAUAUCAACAUAUAGUGUAGGAAGAGGACGUUUUAAAUUGUCGAUAAAACGACACGAUAUGUUUGAAUAACACUUUAAUAAUUCCAGAGAAAAGAACAAAAAUCUCACGAAAUCACCCAUGAUGCAACAUAAUAUAUUACCGCGGUCAGAAUUUUUGUAAAUCACUGUAUUUCAAGAGAGUUAUAUUAUAACGUCAGACAUUUGACGAAAAGCACUACAACUAGUGGAUAAAUAUUGAAUAAAUAGGCGAGAUGUGUAAAUAAAAAGCAACCUAUGUCAGACGACGCUAAAUCCGUUUUUUUUUAACAGUUAGAUUUUAUCGCUGGUGGUCUUUACCAACAAAUAUUAUCAUUCAUUAUUGAUUACCAAUUGGAACGAAUGGACGGGUGACUGGGUAAAUAAAUAUGUUAUUCAAAUUGUGUACUGUACAAAGGUAAUAAUAAAAAAGAGCUUUGGAAACAUC